AUGUUUCGCCUGUUCUUCUUGAUGACUUUGGCCAUUUUCUUGGCCGCUUCCUACGGAACUUCGCAGAACAAUUCUUCAAAUCAGGUAACUUUACAGCGAACCAAGUUUUAAAGCAUUCAACUUUUCCCAGAUUAUUUCCGAGAAUCUUUAUUGGCAAGGGAACUUUUCAGAUGCGGUUUUCUUAGCUUUCUAGACUCAGCAACACAAUUUUUAUGCGCUUUCAGGUUCUUUGAGAUUCAUAAUCCCUUCAAUAUCUUGGUUGCAAACUAGAAACUAAGUUACCAGAGACAAUAAUUUAAUUUAUUUUCGAUUUUAUAGGAUACAGCAUUCAGGGCUUUAGAUACAGCUCAUGGGCUAAGCUAUCUUCAGUUUUCAUGAGAUUAUUAAAGGAAAGAAAACAAAAUAGUUGCACUCCAUGCACGAAAACGGAGGAGUUUGAAAAAAGGGGGCUAAGAUUAAAGUGUACGAUUGGUAAGGGGAAGAUAGCUAGGGAAGCCUGAACAACCAGGGACUCGAGAAAUUCGCGUGAACAACGCGCAAAAUAACACCCGCGGGCACACCCGCGUGUGUGAACGCAUCGACCUCUCGUUACCAGUCUCAAUGAGAAACGGGAACCAGUUGAAUAUUUUUGCCACCCAGGCAAAAUUCUCAAGAAUAGCAUUUUAAAAGUUGACCCAAAUAUACGUUGUUCGACUCCUAAAAUAAUCCUCGGGAAGCAAAGCGUCAACCAGAGAAGCUUUGAAGAAGAUGGAUUGUUAGAAUUGACUGUUAAUCUUUGCAAUAAACGUGAGGUCUAACUGUCGGCUCAGGUGAGUUUUUACAGCUGGUUUUUACUCUUUGACGAUUGUUCCUUUUUGAACCAUGAACAUUUUCCGUUAUGGAUCCAGUCAGCUUUUCAUUUAAGCUCUUACGAUAAUAGCAAAUUUUGACCAAUCCUGACAGAGUUACAUGUACGUUGAAACUAACAAGCAAUUAACAUUUGGGGAAUUUUGCUAUUUUCCUGCUACUCUUUACCCUUCUUUCCUGAAAAGGUAGCCAGCCAAAACUCCGCACAAAGGAAAGACAAUAAAGUGGGCAACAAAACAGGCUGUAAAAAAGGAUGACAAAAGGAAAAAAAGAAUGCGAGGAAAGAACAUUGAAAACAGAUUCCUCCUCCUCCCCCCAAAAAAAGACAAACUUUGUCUCGAAAUGCUCGAAAGACAAAAAAAGCUGCUUAAUUACAUCCAGUUGGCCGAAAAAUUUGCUUAAAUUGAGUGUUAAAAAUCUCCUUUUUAGCCACUCCCAUGUUAACCAGCCAAAAACUGCUCCAAAAAAGGAGGAUCUGGUCAAAAAUGCUGUUUUUUUGUUACCAAAAUGAUCGUACACUCUUUUUUUUCUAUAAGAAUGUCUUUUUUUCCGGCCCAGGCUGAAUAUUCUUAUUUUUCUGCCGAUUUUAGGCUGAAAAUAUUCUUGAAGUAUUCUUAAAUUAUAGCUUAUGACAUUUCCGUUUUAGAAUUUAUUGGGGUAUCAAUUACAAGUGUUUGGUAUCUAGAUCUGUGCUGAAUACUGUACAUUUGUAUUACAUGUACCGUUCAUCGAACUGUCAUUAGUGUUGAACAUUUUGCUAUAGCUAGUGCAGGUUUUUUUCGUUUUGUUGGCUAGUUUCUCCGUUCAGAGAAAGGAACAAUUUUAUACGGUUAAGUUAAAAACAUAAAAUUGUUUUGUAUUUACAGUUGUUUCAACGCACAAAAUUAUAUCAAUCCUUUUCAAAAUCUCAGCCUCGGCUUUAUUCUUAAAAUAUUCUUAAAAUUUCGCAAAUUUCAGCCUCGAUAUUCUUAUAAAAUAUAUUCUUAUAUAAAAAAAGAGUGUAUUGAAGAAAAACUGGUAUUAAAGCUUAAAAACCUAUUGUCAUGUUGAUUGUAAGAUUAGUACUGUAGGUAAGUUUGUUAAGUGAGUUUAAAAUUCUGGUUUGGCCUCAAAGGGAUAUAUAUUAUAUUCCUUUUCAGCGCUUAACUUUUUCAUGGCUUAACUGACAGACUACCAAUAACAUCGCAACGUAAUUGAGCGUAAUUGACCGAUCAGAUCAAUAACCAGAGUAUAAUACCAUCAACGGACAUGAUACAACUCACUUUGACUCUGAAGAUGACUAACGCACAGGUUGUCGAAACGUCAGUCACUGACAACAACAACAGUCCUAUUCAGGACUACGUUCACCCGGACGAUCAAACUCAACCUACUUUUGAAAUGACUCCUGGGUUCAAACCUUUCACAUUCCUUUUUCUGUUGCUAAAACUGAUCCAUUUGAUCUUAAAAAACACAGGAGCACCCAACCCCCUCCGUUAGAGAAGAAAACUCUUUUGAGGUCUGGUAAGAGAUAAUGGACUGUUUACCCAAAAAUCUGCAAUGUCAUGACCACAAAAACAAAAGAAUACUUUGUUUUAGUGACAUACCUUAAAUUAAACCUUUGGAGUGUCAGAAAUAUCUCAAUGCAAAACUGCUUUGGCUAAAUUUCCCCUCCCAACGAACAACAGUACAGGCAGAGAAAAUCCUACGUUUUCCUUUAGCUGCAGUCUCAGUGUUUGGUCUGCAGCUGUGUAGGUGUAAAAUUAGAAAUGUUGUGUAACUCAGAUCCUAACCUUGAUCAUAACCCCAGGGGGGGAUACUCCAGAAUUUAAGAGGAAGGGAUGAUCAAAGGAUUUUUUGGGGUGUGACAUUCGAUUUUAGGAUUUUUUAGGUAGGAAAAGUUUAGCGUGUAUUCUUUUUUGGUAGCUUGAUUUAAUUAAGUAGGUUUUUUUGGUGGUAUUCAAAACAAUUUGAAGAUUCGUGAUAGUUAUAUCAAAUAAUGCUUUCUGGAAUUUUUUGAUGGCUUAGAAAUUGGGCAUUGGAUUUUUUGGGGGUUAAAUUUUGGUCCAGGGAUAUUUUUGGGUUUUGUUUGAAGCCCCAGGGAUUUUUUUGGGUAUUGAUUUUUGCCCCCAUUCCAUCACCCCUGUCACUUGAAAUCUGGAGUACCCCCCCCACCCGGGACCAUAACACUAUCACCUGCAACUACCUGAAACCCAUCACGUAAACCAUGUAUACUUAAUGUAUCAAUCUUGUUACUCUUGCAGGUAACGUUUCUCUAAAUUCACACUGAAGAGAGGCCUUUAGCAAAAACUUACCGAUAUCCAGCCUCAUCCUUUUAAUUUCCUGUUUUUUAACCACUUUCAUUUCCUUUUUCUUAUCUUUCCAAAUUCAGUUUCCAUUGCAUCUCAGUUUAUGCUAUAGUCAAGAGUGUUUUCAUUUAUCUAGACUUUGCAGUCUUUCUUUAAGUCAUGAAAGUAUGUUGAAUUUCCCAAUCUAACAGGCUAAUGGAUCUACAGCAAAGUCUAAAAGCUGUAAAGUUGUACCUCAAACUGGUUGCUGUAAAGAUGGUGAGUUUAUACAAUUUAUUUUAAAAAUUGAUUUUCAACAAAAUGAUAAUUGACGGAUAUGGAGAAAUACCAGCUAAUACCAAAAACAAAAAAUAAAUCUUCUUAGUAUGUUUAGAUUAGAAUUUACCAGAAAUCAAGGCAUUUAAGGCCAGAAAAGUACAUUUAAGUAUUGCAUUAGUGGGAUCAGUUCAGGUUAUACACAUAACAACUUGCUAGUUCUGCUGUAUCGAGAUUGUGUGGAUGGUAAUUUAGUUCAGUUGUGAGUUUCAUUAAUUAAUUGCCGUAUUUUUUUUUAAUAAUUUAAGGCAAAGAUGGAAAGGAUGGACAACAUGGUGAGUCACAUUAAAAUGCAACAAUUUACCUUCAUUACCAUUUACAUUAAUGCAGCAUUUGUAUAUGACUUAGAAAUAAUUAGUCACUUGUAUAAUCAAGUGUUGUUUUUGGUAAUUGCAGGAAAAGAUGGGCGCGAUGGAGUGAAUGGUGAGUGUGGCCGGCGACAACGAUUGAAUGUCAACACGCUUUCAUUCCGAUUCAGUGCUGCACUUUGUGUGGUGGUCAAAAUUAUACAGGAUUACGAGUGAUAUAAGGUCCAAACCCACAUGCUCAAAGUGCAUUCUGUGCAUUCCAUACAUUCUUUGUGGAAGUCCUAACGAAUAUCUACAUACAUGCAACGCAUGCGUAAUAACAACCUGGAGAUUAGAAUUGCAGGCUCCUCUUGUCGCCCGUGAUUAUCCUUUAUACAAAUACAAACAUGUCAGUAUAUACUUGCCAACUCUUUCUGAGUCAAAUUAAUUAAUGCAUGAGAUUUUUGUCCUGUUAUGACAGGAGUUUCUGAAAACGUCCCAGCUACUUCUGCACAUCUCCAACAAUUUUCCGAAGACUUCCAAACGUUGCCAAAAAAUGUGUGAAGUUGUUCUGACAACCUUUGAGAGAUUCUGAAGUUAUUUCAAGUGUCAAAGGGAAAUUGGAUCGAAUUUUUGUCAUAUUAAUCAUUUGUUAAAGAACAAUUCAUCCAGAUUUGUUUGUGAGGUGUGAGAAGUUGUCCUUGUUGAUGAGUGAAAUCAAGGUCUAGACAUAAGUCCCCAGGCAUGAAACUCAUGCAUUUAAUAUGUGUUAGAGUUGUCAGGCAUACUGUAAUUAUUCUCAAAAUAAAUCUUAACCAUGGGUUUCCUUCUUGUCAUCCCCCCCUGUUGUAGCUUGUUGUCAGUGUUCUACCCUAGCUUGUAAUAUUACUAAUCCAAGGCUGUGCUCAAAGAAAAAUUGUAAGGAGUCCAGUGCUCUGAACCUGUGAAAAACAGGGAGCCAAGCAUCAGAUUUGUAUGGGAAAGCUAAGAUUUCGUCUUUGCUUAAGAUCAAAAGUAAGGUUUUAGGGGCUACUGACUGGGCGCUGCUAGAGCACCAGUACAGCGGAACCUGAAUAUAAGGAAGGGCCAAAGGACUGGCAAUAAUAUAACAGGCUAUAACGAGGUUUCGGUUUAUUGAGGUUUUUUUUUCAUAUAUUUUACUUUUACUGGGCUAAAGAAAAUAUUUUGUUAUACCAAGGACUUUGUUAUAUAGAGGUUCCACUGUAUCACUUUAAUUUGUUUAUUGUCUUGAAAACAGGAAAAGAUGGCCGUGAUGGACGAGAUGGCAGUGGAAUAAAGGUUGGCCUUUUUAAGCUUCAAACAUUGCUUUCUGUUUUUGCUUGAAAAGUUCAGAAAUUCAAAUUAAAUAACCUAGGGAGCUGUAGGUCUCCAAUAAAAUGGUCUCUGUAGUGUGAAUUUAACAAGUUGCCAAAAAAGAGGUUUUUUUUGGACAUUUGGGCUUUUCUCUUUCCAGAGAAAGAAGAAGAAGAUCUAAAAUUAUUUUUAAAAAAUCAAUAAAUAUUGGUUAAAUGUUCUUGUGUAACAACCAACUUUUACAGUCACUGUAACCAGAUAGUUUGCAAAAAUGAAACAUGACUAAAAAAUAAUACAAAUAAUGGACUUCUUAUAGAAUGGAACACAACUCAAAAAUAGUUGGUCAUGUUUUCAAAGUUGUGUCACUGUGUAUUGGACAAAUAAAAAUUGCUACAUAAAACUAUUUGAUUUGCUUUUUCCCCACUGAUUCACUGUAAAACUAAUUGUAUCUCCUUGCUGCUGGUGCAGUAACCAGUAAGAGGAACAGCACCUGCUAAUUUUUUUUGAAGUGGUUCUAUACAAAUGUGAAUAAAUUGUAUUUCAUACACCUGUACCUCAGUUUAAUAAUCAUAUUAUUAUAAUUUCACAGUUUCAUUGUUUUUUUAUGUACUUAUACCUAUCUUGUUUACACUUUAAAUGUUGGCAAUAUGCUGUCGUCAAAAGGUUGUGGAAGUCUUGCAGGGAAUCAAUCGUUUUUGUAAAGUAUAAAAUUGAUGUCUGUGACAACCAUGUAACAGCUGAGUUCCCCCUUUCAAAAAUAUGUCUAUUUUUCAUUUAGUGUCAGGCCUUGAAAAAGUCUUUGUGAGCCUGAUAAUCCCCCCACCUCCACUCCCUAUAAAGGAGGACCUAGGUAAUAAUGAACUAUAACAUUAUUAGAGAUUAGCUAACCCAUUUACCCCUCGGAAUUUUGCUAAAAAAUGCUUUGAAGCUUGUCAAAACCAUUUUCUGGUCACUGUCUGGUAAUAAAGAGCUAAAAUGUACCAAAAAACCAUUUAGAGGUUGUGCACUACAAGGUCUUCUGUUCCAGAUGCAAAAUAUCAGCUUCUGAAGUUCGGGCAUGUGCAGAAGCAAGUGAUACAAGGGACGUGGACCCUUAUGGGCAGUCACGAGGGGUUUAAGGACGAUUGGGUUAAGAUUCAUGUUAAGUGUAACCUUCCUUGUCCUAUUCUAUGGUUAUAACAGUGUUAACGCGUUAACUAAGCAGGUGUAUAGAUAAACUCAGACCAAAAUGCUAAAUUUAAAUAGUUGGCAUGGAGCUGUUUUGGUUACUUAAACUAACAAAAAAAGUGCACUAUGUGUUGAUUCCUAAUUUUUUUGUUAUGAUAAAUAAAAUUUUAUUGAUAAAAAACUCAUUUUAGUGGUAGUACCUGUAUGUCCAUGAAGUGGUUCUUCACCUUCCACAUUCAACCAAGCGCCAACAUUUUUGUCCUUAUUUGCCACUGAGACAGAAGCUAAUAUAGAGAGUAGAUAAAUUAAAUUAGUGGUUAUUUUUCAGUGAUAGUUUUCACAGUUUUGGUUUCAUAUUUAUUUGAAAAUGUCUACGUUAGGGAGAAAAAGGAGAAACAGGGAUGUCAGGAAAAGAUGGAAAUGCUGGCGUUAAGGUAUUAUUGACAUAUACUGCUUUUUAAAUGAAGGUUUUGGUUUUUGGAUCCAUAUCCUUCCAUAAAACGUCAUUGAAUAUAAAUUUAAGUUGAACAAUGUAAAAUCAUAAAAAUCAUAACCAGAUCAGUUAACAGUAAUAGUUACUAUUGUUUGAUCUUCACCACAGUAAAGACCACCAAACUAGCUAUUCUCUUAGCAUCAGCUCCUUUAACAUUGUUGCUUAUUUUAACUUUAAGGUUGCAGAAGAGAGUUUUUUGAGAAACUGCUUUAUGCAUUUACUAUGCACGUUAACAUUUUAAUCAUGAGGAGAUAAGUAGCCAAUGAGCUUUUAAAGAAAAAAGUGUGAGGACAAGUUGAGAAGAAUGCUUAGAAGUUGCUUUAAAAAAUAAAAUAAUAGAAAUACGAUAUAAGAUUAAUUUGAAAAACGUUGCUUUGAUGAUUACAAAAGUUUUGGUAACUUUCUACUCUUAUUACCAAAGGGCCUUUACAAUACCAGCAACGAGUCUUAAAUAACUGACCUUAAUGAAUGGUAAUGAUCAACAACCUAUCAAACCGUCUUCAGUAACCUUAAAAUCUGCAGGCUUGGACUUUAAAUUAGAUUAUUCCACCCUGUUUCCUGUCUUUUAAAAUUAAUUUCAUCUGAUCAUUAGUUUAAUUUGUUUCGUACUUUUAUUAUUUUCAGUUCUUAUCUAUUAUCUUCAUCAUCGUCAUUGUCACUAUUUUAUUACUGUUUAAUAGCUUUAUUUAAUUACUUAUUAUUAUUAUUAUUAUUAUUAUUAUUAAUUAUUAAUUAUUGUUAUAAUUAUUAUUAUCUUGUGUGGUUCUUAUUAUUUCUGUCGUAGGGGGAGAAAGGAGAACCCGGAAUGGAUAAAAACAGUAAUGGUGGUGUUAAAGUAAGCGUAAAUUUAUGCUUCUUAGGCUGAGGACCGAAAUGACUAAUUUUCAGUGUCCAAGACAAAAAGAAAAGCAGAUGUACAUUCUUUAUCCAUAUAGCAACAAACCACUCAUUUAAUUUUCUUUAAUGUUCCUGCUUCUUUGCAGCUGUAAAUGUGGAGAUCAGUUUUUAAAGUUCAAUCGAGAUCUUUAGUUUUAUUAUAUAGAUACUGAUGAAAUACCAGGAUUUUUCCUUUUACUAAAAAUCAUAUCUUCAUCGCGCGCAGUGAAGAUACUAUUUUUAUCUUUCAUGUGUGAGGAUAUUGGUGUUGCUUGAUGGUUACUAACAUGAUUGGCCAAUUUAGUCAGGUCUCUUAGGGUCAGGAUCGUUACAGAGUUGACAAAAGCACCAAACUUUGCACAGCGAUAGCUUAUUGCAGUACCAUGAAUAUUAGAGGGGGUGCCCACUGCAAAUAUGCCACUGAAGCGUGCUAAACAGGAUUUAAUUAUUGUAAAUUUCACCUGCUGGGGUCCCUGUGGUGUUUUGAUUGAAAGUUGUUAUUUAAUACCUUAAAUCACUCUGAAUUCUAUUCUUAGGUUUUAAACAACAAUUUCACUCGAACAUCUGGCAUUCCCAUCCAUUUUUGCUCAUUGAUUGUAUAAUUAAGUUGGUUAUUACUGUGCCCUUAAAGCAAGUCCACAGUCCGCCCACAUUUUCAUAAGUCAUGUCUAAGAUGGCCUCGUCUUGGCUUCAUAUUAAACUUGCAAGUACUCAGCUUCUGGGUUCUCUUCUCCUUUUCUAAUGUAUUUCAAUUAGAGGAGGCCUUAUUGUGUGGCUUAAGCCUUAUUUAUCAAGUAUUACUUGUCAUUACAUGUCACUUUAAGCUGAAGAAAGCAAACAAAAUUUCAGGAAAAAGAAAUUGUCAAAGAGUCUGUUGUAUCACAUAUUAUCAGGGAUUUAUGACAGCUAUUCAUGAAGAGCAAAUAACGAAAUGACAGAACCCAAAAUAGUUCUUUCCUAGGGAGGUAAUUAAUUUUUCAGCUUAACAUAGGCCUGGAUGCCUUUCAGUCUCUCUUUAUCCAGUUAUCUGCUGGACGCAAGUGCAUGUUUUGACAGAGAAGCAAGCACCGUGGCACAAGUCAUAUCAUUUACAAUUUCCGCAGUUUGUCUAAGCUUUACAAAGCAAAAACAAACAAAAAAGAAUCUGGUCUCAUAAACGAAAAAAAGAAACAAGUUAGCCCAAGCUUCAAAAAACAGCACAGUUUAUCAUGAAGCCUCUACAUUUGGCACUGAAGCACUUAUGUCCAAAAAUGAUAACAGCUUAUCAAGUCGUAAAAGUGAGACUCAAGUGGUACAAGAUUGACUCAAAUGAUAAAUGGUGAAUAGUUUAACUGCUGACACUGUAGAAAGGGGGCCGGGCUAACUUUUAGGGCCUGUUUACAUGGAGGAAGGGGACCCCAGGUAGGAAUGGUAACCCACUUAGGUGGGGUAACCCGCCUGUCCAUAUAAUCUCUCAUUUUAAUUUGAUCACGUUUACAUGAUAGGUGGGGUCACCCUUCAAGGUGGGUAGCCCGGUCUGCCACACCAGGUAACCCUCUCAGCUGAGGUCAAAUUUUGCCAUGUCAACGUUUCAAGGUGAGGAAACCCAAGCUAGUCGGGGUCGGAUUCGAGAUACAUCAAAUUCGCGCAAAAUUCACUUUGGCACUGGGUGGCUUCACAUAAUUAUUAAAGGUAACAAUAGAAAGCCACAACAAUGAAGGUUGCAGCAAGAGCAGCAAUUGAGCGUAGACGUGAUAUGCCAGCAUUUUUCUUGUUUACAUGGUUAGCGACCAUUCAUAUAAUCUUGAGAAACUGCACCCCAGGAUGGCGGGGUUGUAAGAUUGCAUGUAAAGGAGGGUUAUUUUUUUACCCCACCUAAGCAGGUUACCUCACCUACCUGGGGUCCCCCACCUUUAUGUUAACACGCCCUAAGUCUCAGGAACCGUGAAACUGGUAAUAAACGGUAUAACUAACCCGGGACUAGCUGUGAUACUACUGGCCAUCUUCAAGAACGUCAGCAUAGCAGCCAAAGAAGCCAUUAUAUCGGUGUAAAACGAAUAUUAGAUUGCGCUUGUUUCAUGCGUCUUGUUUCGUGACUUUUUCUGUGUUCGUUUUUGUCACCAUCUCUAAAUAUCAAUCAUGUUCAAAACACCCCUACUAACAAAAUAUUUCGUAAAGCUCUUUAGAAUGAUAUUCAGCAAUAAAAACAAGGUGUGACCAGGAACCGAUUUCUAGGCUCCUGGUGUGGCAACAUAGGCAUAAGUGAAUGCAAAGUUUUGCAGUAUGUAAUCUGUCAAAAAUCUGUUUGAGUGGUCAACGUUGGGGCUGAUGGGCUUCUUUAUCAUGACCACUCCAUUAUUAUAAGGGACCAGGCCAUAAUUACUGUUGACCCUUGCUUUUUUGGUAUUUUAUGUAAUUUUCCACAGCAUUAUUUUGCGAAAAGUUGGUAACUGAAUUGCUCUUGAGGAAUUCAUGAUCGUAAGAUUUCGUAACCACGGGGUAUUCGCCUAAUUGCAUCAAACAAAUUACAUUCAUUUUCAUAAAUGAUGCAUCAUUGGUUGGCUAAAAGAGGCCUUGUUCCUGUAAAUUUCAGCUCUUCUGAAGUUAGUUUGUUUGUAAAUUGUAACGCACGCGACGACCUUCCUUUUUUUUGAACACUCUGGUUCAAGGGCUCUGAAGUGAAUGAGCCGCUUACAGGUGUAUAGGCAUGCAGGGACCUCAUACACUUCUUUUUAAAUGCAAAUGUGCAAAAAAUAAAGAGUGUUAAAAAUUCCUGGAGAGGCAUGUUUUACAACCUCGUCCUCAGGGCUUAAUAAAAAGGUAGAAAAAGGUAAAGCGACCAUAUUUUACGUCAAUAACUCGUGACAGUAAUAAUAACUGAGGCGCUCCUUUUACCCCCUCUCUCCAUUAAUGCUCCGUUGUAAGGGUAUUUAAAGCUAGUCAAAGCUACACCGAAAGGAGAGAAGUUGAAAUAAGGAUGUGUUGACACCGGGCUCGAACUCGGGACCUCUCGCCCCGAAGGCUGCGCACUAACCAACUGUGCCACCCUUGCUCCUCCUUUUCUCCCUGAGGACGAGGUUGACAUGUUUUAAUCAUUAUCUCAAGCACAGGGUUACCAACGAAGCAAAUUAUAAUCUAAUCUUACCUGCACAAUUACAAAGUGGACGCGUUGUCAGUUACGGUUCAUGACGUCGUUCAUGUGGCAUUUCAAACUUUAACGAUUCUAUCGUUUAGGAUGUGAUACAUUUGAGUUUUAUGUUAUUGUAUGACAUCUUUGAAAGCUGGCUUUGUGAUCUGUUUAAAUUGAUAUGUAAUGAUAUUAUCACUGGCAAGUCUUAGCAGUGACACUGAUAGCCGCACAGUCCGCACAAUGAACAUGGCCACACUUACCGUGUGGAGACUGGCCACUAGUCAGUAUUAUGUACAUGUAAGAAAAUUUUGAAUAGUGUAACAACGACUAAACAUUACCAAAUUAAAAACUUAAAAAUUUGCAACAAAUGUUUUUUAGCCAAAUCAAACAAGAAGAGUACUCACCACAGGGCACCCAAUCUGCUAUCAUAGGUGAAAGUUAACCCCCCCUUUUAUCUGUAAUUAGGACCAUUUGUAACGGACACCCCCUCCAGUAUUAAUCGGUAGGUGCUAAGGAAGCUCUGUGCCAAAUUUGACACUUUUGUCACGUCUGUAACGAUCCGGCCUAUAUUUUGCACUAAGAGACCUGACUAAUUACAAGAGAGCUUCCCGCUCUGGUUACUAUUAAAGUAUUAUUGUCUUUAUUUCUCCUUUAUAACUUUAUAUCCGAGUUUCAUAACAUUUUUGUGACUGGCAUUUCGCGAUAGGUGACCACUUUAAUUGCACUAUUUUGCUGUUUCGAAAAUUUUAAAAAAAGUUGUGUUUUAUGUAGGAAUUUCAUCAGUAUCUAUAAAAUAAACAGAACAUUACAUGGCCGCUUGGGGAUGCGAAUUUUAUCUUCUUGUGGUGAAAGUAUCUCUUACUCGAAGAUAAAAUUCGUAUCCCCGCGCGGCCAUGUAAUAUCCGCUCUAUGUAUUAUUACGUGCUGUUUCGUAUGGUCUGAAAGUAUAUAGGAUCACAGUCAUCAGGUAACUUCAACGAUGACCGUUAAAAGUUAAAAGCUGGCAGUAAAAUUUUGAUGGUUGUUAUAGGGAUGCGUUUACAACUGAGCUACUUAUGCAUGCCAAACAUGAAAUCUGUCAUCUCGUCACACAACAAGCACGCUCUUUCACGUUUUAACUCACCACCGCUUCAACCUGACACCUGCAAUUGCAGAAAAAAACCAGACAGUCCACUCGUUGUUGUUGUUGUUGAAUCUACCAAGCCACAGUAACCACAGCGACAACAACUGAAACUUACGUCGGAUUCGCAACAAACUUUAUUAAGGGAACAUUACAGAAAUCACCAGAAAUGAAACAGAACUCUCAAAAUAUGUUUGGACCUUACAAUUAAAGACACCAAGAAACCUUUCCAGAUAAAAUGGAAAGUUUUAAAGAAAUGUAAACCCUACAACAACAGUAGCAAAAAAUGUAAUUUUUCCCUUUAUGAAAAAUUCAUCAUCAUUUGUAAAAAAAACAGCUGUGUAGCCUUAACAGGCUAAACGAACUAGCGAGUUCAUGCCCCCACAGAAACAAAUAUGUACUCCGGAACUUUAGAGUAACGUAACUAAGACACAAUGCAUCUGUUACCUACAAUCGGCAUGAAUCGGCGACAAAAUGAGUUGAGACACUUUGCCCAAAACUGGGCUUUUUUGCGUUUUACUAACCUCAAAAGGAGGAAAUAUAGCUUUUCCUCGCCCAUCCCCUCCAUACAAUGUUGUGCCGAUGUUCGAGCUACCUAUAGAAAACAACAAACACCCCAACUUUGAAUGGAGGGGACAGGGGAGGGGCGCGGAUUCUUUUGUUCUCCUAAGUUACCGUAUUUGAGUACAAUGUGAUGUCUCACCAAUUUUGUCGCUGAUUUUAGAUACCAUCUCUUGAAUGUAACACAUCUCCAUAUAACAACCGUCCAAAUUUUACUGCCAGCUUUUAAUUUUCAACGGUCAAUCGUUGAAGUUGCCUGAUGAGUGCGUGGUGCUAUAAUUUCGGACCAUACGAAAUAGCACUGUCGCAAUAAACGGUGAUUACUCCUGAAGCCUGAACUCCUGUGAAGUCAUAGUCACUGCUUUCCAAUCAAAUGAAUUGAGCCUUCUGCGAAAUACAUUCUACCAAGAAUACAAGUAUUUAUAUGUAUAAUUUAUUACUAUAUAAAUAUACUUUUUUACAAGGGUGAGAAAGGAUCUCGUGGUAACAAAGGAUUACAAGGAGAGAAGGGAUCACAAGGACAAAAAGGAGUUCCGGGAACGUGUGAUACAAAGGUUACAAUUACUGCCUUAGAACAAUUUCCAGAUUUUCAUUCUUUGUUGCCUUAGGUGAUAGUUAUAAAUCCUUAUAACAAUAAGCCACAUUGAUUAAAUUACUCUUUCUUUAGGCAACAAUUGAUUUUUGCCUAGCAAAAACUGAAAACCCCUGAUAGCAGAAACUUUAUUGUAUCAAUAAAAUAAAGCUUCCCAGAUCAUCAUUACUGUCAUAUUCAAUGGCUGUAUUCCCUCUUAAGUGCGUUUCCAUGGAAAAACGCGUUUUGGAAGAAUCCAGUGUCCUUCUUUUGAAAGGUGUCCAAGUUUAUUAAGUGUACUUUUGGGAAAAUGACUGAACUACCUCAGGGACCGACUCUUGGUGUUUGAUUUUGGGAGAUGCUAGUUAAGAAAGAUAAGCCAUAUUGAUUUAACCAUAGCCUGCGUAGCAAAGCGUUUCCGUGCGGUUUCGGAGGAAAAAAAGACCGAGGAACGGGAUUUUUGGUUUUGGCCGCGUGAAUAAUGGAACGAAUCGAGUGAGUGAAUCGAGUAUUCUAAAAGUCGAAUACAAAUUAGCUUGCAUGCCCCACCAGGCUAAGGAAAGAAGAACAAAGUGAUACUCGAAGCCUAUGUUUACUAAGGUCAGAUUUAAAAAAUGAUGUCAUUUUUUAAAAUUAGCGUAAUGUCAUUUUGAAAGCGAGAGCCUUUCUCCAUCUCUUUAUGUCCGAUCAAGGGAUAUUUCUGUUAGAAAAACUUAACUGUACAGGUGUUCCACCUUAUAGCAUAUAUCACUACAAUCAUGGACAAAAGUCUUGCGAAACAUUUGCAUUUGUGGGGCUUUUUUCAAUUCACUCGUUCCCAACCCCUUCUCUACCCCUCCAAACAACGUUGGACUCGUGUAUGCAGAAUUUUUCCGAGUUUCAACAUUGCAAAGGGUGAACGGAGGGAGAACUGCGAGAAAAUGCACUUUUUUACAAGGGCACCCAAUACUGCAUGACUGUCCCUAGAGCUUUUGUCUAGGAUUGUACAUAACAAGAUUGUAAGCUUUGUUAUUUAAUUGUAUUUUUCCUUGUUAUUUUGUGUUUUAGAGCAAAUCAAGGUGCUGUUUAACCGGUAAGAGCAUGAUUUCUUACUGUUGUCUACAAUAUAUGAGCACACUGAUUAAUUGGCAAGUAGAGUUUUCGGAUUUUAAUUUCAUAAAAACAUGGCUUGUCUAUCGUUAUUGCAAGACCACAACGCUUGAGUAAAUUUCUUUAACGAUUUAUUCUGAAUAGUUUUUUUCCUUGUAAUUACUUGAUAAGAAAGAUUUUUAUCAUUAUUUUUUCUUGUGGAAGAUUACUCUAUUGGAUUCCACUUCUUUGAGAAAGUUCAAGAUCUUCCAACCCGAGGAGCAGUAGAUGUGGAACAUUUCAUCAUUGAUGGAAGCUUGUUUCUUGCUUUUGCCAAUUAUCAUGGGGACAUUAAAAAACACAAGACAGGUUCCAUGAUCUACAAGAUGGACAAAUCAACCGCAAGACUGUCUUUGUACCAGACCCUGCAGACAAGAGGAGCGUAUGGCCUGAAGUACUUUUCUAUUGACAACAAACAUUUUCUUGCUGUCGCUAAUCAUUACGAUGGAACUUACCGGCUGGAUUCUACAGUUUAUCAAUGGAAUGGAAAGCUGUUUGUCGACUUUCAGAAAUUGUCAACGAGAGGAGCAAGCCACUUCACCUAUUUCAAGGUAUACGGGGAAAAUUAUCUCGCAGUAGCCAACUUCCAUGAUGGAAGUACCUACUCUACAAAGUCAGUUAUCUACAAAUGGAGCAGCGGCAAGUUUAACAGAUUUCAAGACAUACCAACUGAAGGUGCCUUGGGAUGUACAGCGUUUGUGAUAAACGGUGACACAUUCAUCGCUUUUGCAAAUCAUUACAACUCCCAACACAAGUAUUCUGUUCAGUCCACUGUGUUCAAGUGGUCAGGAGGUCACUUUGUUAAACUGCAGUCUCUUCAGACUUACGGAGCGUACGAUGUGAAGUCUUUCAACAUCAACGGUCACACGUUUCUCGCUUUUGCCAACUACCACUCUGGAAGUAAACACAACACCAAUUCGUUCAUUUACAAGUGGAAUGGUAACAAGUUUGUCCUGUUCCAGUCCAUUCCUACUCGAGGAGCCAUCGCAUGGAGUCCAUUUGUGAUCAGCGCUCAAACUUACCUUGGUGUGGCUAAUCACUAUGGUGAUAGUCAGAAGUACAACACCAAGUCAGUUGUGUACCAGGCCUCUGGAGCGCAGUUCAUCAAGUACCAAGAGAUUCCAACCCAAGGGGCUUUUGGUAUGACGUCAUUUGAAUACAAAGGUCAUACUUACCUUGCAGUGGCAAACUACUACAAUCGCCGGAAGCACAACAUAAACAGCGCCCUGUACAAGUGGGUAUAGAGCAGGGGCCAUAAGGUCAGGUCCAAGCAAAGAAGAUAUUUUGUGUAGUGAAGAACUAAAACAUUUCAAUUGCUAAUCUAAGUAAUAACGGGAACUUUAUAAGCGUAAUACUGUCUAUCCGUUGAGAAGGGGUUUUUAUAGGAAGGGACUGAUACAAUAACGUCAAUUUUUUAGUUGAUUAAGUGAAAUGUUAGAAAACAGC